CGGAACUACCUGCGCGUCGGCGUUUAGAGUGCGUUUAAUUGGAAAUCGGUUUCCCUCGAUGGCAUUUGUUUUUGUCAUCCUAACAUGGAGGUCUGUCGGUUCAUGGUUUCAGUGGGCUGUCUUGCGUUUCUUGUCACAUUGACAGCGGCGAACCUCCCGCCUGGAUUGAGAGUCAGAAGACGACGACAUUUUGGCGCCUGUGGAGAGCAGGAGUACCCGAACGGCAACAUUUGCUGCCUCAACUGUAAAGCUGGCACCUUUGUGAAAUCGUCUUGCACCGCUGCAGGACAGAGGGGCACAUGUGAAGAAUGCGACUACGGAACGUUCACCGAACAUGACAACCAUUUACAAAAAUGCGUUGACUGUGCAAAGUGUGGUCCAGAUCAGGAAGUAGCCGAGCAAUGCACCAACACCCAGAACACUAAAUGUCGAUGCAAAGCAGGAAGGUUUUGUAACCCUGAAGAGGCAUGUGAAGUCUGCAGGAAGUGUUUGACGUGUAAGAGUGAUGAGGAGAUAGUGAGGAACUGCACAUUUACCAGCAACACCGUGUGCAAGAAAAUCCCACUGAAGCCAGGAUCCUCCUUAGAUGCUGUAUUUUUUGUCCUCUGCGUGAUACCUGUUGUAUUAUUUUUGGUUGCUGGAGGAAUAUUUCUCAAAUACAAGAAGAAAUGUGGAUGUAGAGGCUCUUCCCAAGCCUCUCCUACAGUUGCAAAAUCGGAGGAGAAUUGCGGUGGCAGAGGCAGCAGCGCAGCUCUGAUUUUGCUAUCGGAAGAAGAGCAACUCCCAACACUCAUUCCCGUGAAUGGUGAACAGUCUCUCCGAAGUUGCUUUGAGUUGUUUGAAGAACUGGACGUGGAUUUUCACAAGAAGUUCUUCCGCCGCCUCGACUUCUCGGACAACGCGAUCAAAAGCAAAGACAACCUUCUUUACGAAGACAAAAUUCACGAGCUCCUGAACUCCUGGGUGGAGCGAGAAGGCAAAAAAGCCAAUUUAAAUGAACUGCUUAAAGUGUUGGUUGAGCUAAACCAGAAGAGAACAGCUGAGAAGAUCAUGAAGAAGGUUCUUGACAACGGUCAGUACUGCACCGAGUCCAAAGAUGAAGUCUAAGGGUGAACCCCACUGCAUCACAUGAAAGCGACUUGGAGAACAUCACAAAGAACCAUCCAGAUCAGGCAAAAAGGCCUUUUUUGGGGAGAAAAUGUGAGCAUUUUUGUCAGACCUUUGUCUGCCUGCACCACAGUUCUUUUGUCCUCGUUUGUAACCUGACCAGUACUUUCAAUUAUUACAUUGUGGCUUUCCAAGCUUUACUUUCAAUGUUCAGUGCUAAUAGUGCUCUAUUAUUGAAUAGUUUCAAUAGUUUAUGAUCCACGAGUUGUGUUUUGCAUCAAGGAUUUCCUUCCUCCAGUCAGAAGCAGUUUGCAAACAUCUGUGAUAUGUUGCUCUAUGAGUCAUUUGUUUUCUGAGUCUGAAAACGUCAGACAGGAAAAACCUGACAGUCAGGCGGAAGCUUUCGCCUGAUAUGAGAAACUGCAGGAUCACGCUGAAGAACAGGCGGCUUCGAUGAACCUGAAACAGAAGUUUUGGUGGUUAAUGUGGCCAACUGCCGCCAUGGAAAGUCCCAACACAAAUGGUAAUCCCAUUUUUAUAGUAUGUGGUGCCCUUCCUCAUUUUGCAAAAAGCACAAGUUUACAGUUGAAAUGCUCACACUUGUUGUAGCUUAAAGAAGAGAUUGGAAUUUAGACAUACCUAGCAGAAGGAAUUUCUGCAAACUACACUGUCCAAAGACCACUGUGAAAAGGAAUGAGGCUUACUUGUGUUUUACUAAAGGUAUGAACUGUCACUGAAAUCUCAGGAAAGUGUUUGUUUGUUUUUCCAUCCUUUUGUCUGAACAGUUGCAUAUUGUGAGAACAUAACUCACAAUGCGCUGAGAUGUUUUACUACACUAAAAAAACUAUUUCGAGUAGCUGUCUCGUGUAUUUGGUUAAAAGCACUGAGGGGUUUUGCUACUUCCACUGCCUCUUUCUGUUAGGCUGCUGCACGUUUCAGCCAAAGCUUUUCCAUCAGUGUUGGUUCCGUUAAAGAAGCAGAAGAACCUUAUAUCUUUCCAGAAUCCAAGCUCAUUUAUUCACUUUUUUUGAAACGAUGUAUUUUAUAUGGUAUUUAUGAGAUCACCUUUUUCGUCUUCGUACAGAUGACAGAAACACGAAAGCCAAAUCCUUGCGGGACAGUAAUGACUAUUUAUUGAAAUGUUUUAAACCAAAUAACUGCUGUUCUUUAAAUGUACCCAGAAUGUUGCACUGCUUUUUGAAAAGUGGAUAUAGUUACAUUUUCACACUCAUUUCAUGAUCUGCACAAAUUUCAUUUUGAUGUUGGUACUGAGGUUGAACAUGUUUUGUUCAGUUUCUCAUUAACUUGACUUAAUUAAAUGUUUUUUUUUAUUUAUUCAUUUGCUUUAACUAAUAUAACUGGAGUGAUGUUUUGUGUUCCAAGACAUUUAAAUGUGAAUUUAUAAAAAAAAUAGUGAAGACAUGUCUCGCUUUUCUUUAUUUUAGAGAUUCAACUAUUCAUUGCUACUGAAGUUAUAGUUUUUUUUUUUGGUUGCCUUAGCAAAGGACUUCCUGUGUUGAAUCCAAUUGUACAAUCAAACCAGAACAAACUUUCCUUUUUUUUUUUUAACUGAAAACUGAAUGCUAAUGUGUAAUUUGUACGUUUGAUUUUUAUUUUAUUUUUUUAAGUGCAGAUGUAGAAUACUUUGAAGGAUUGAGCCUCCACAUUGUAAUUCUUUUUGUAAAAUUAAAAAAACACACUAAAAGA